AUGAAUUUCUAUAAACAAGCUUCAGAAAUUUUAGAAAAAUUACAAAACCACAGAGGUACCAUAAAAAGUUUAACUUUAGCUGAUAAUGUUAAAGAAAAGAAAAAAAUACAAGGAUGUAAUCAACCAAAUAAUAGACAAUUCUCAAUUACUUUUAAAGGAAAAAAAGAUGGACCAUACAAGUUAUCUAUAUUAAAAUAUGAAAUAAAUUUAAGAUCUGAACUUGCUAGAUUAAAAAUUAAAUUAAAAAUAAAGGAUAAUAAAGAUUUAAUAAAUCCAAAAUUUUUAAAUUCAAUAAUAAUUCCAAGAUAUGUUAGAGUCAAUACACUUAAGACCUCAGUUGAAAAAGUUAUAGAGAAUUUUAAAGAGAAAGGAUAUAAAUUUGAAGAAAAUAAUGAUGAUUUGAGUAAUAUAAGUCCCAAAACUAUUCUGAAAGAUAAGCAUCUAUUUGACCUUUUAAUUUUACCUCCCAAUAUUGAUCUCCAUAAUCAUCCACUUUAUUUAUCUGGAGAAAUAAUUCUUCAGGAUAAAGCUUCGUGUUUUCCUUCUUUUAUUUGCUCUCCUCCACUGAAUUCCCAUGUGAUUGAUGCGUGUGCUGCUCCUGGAAACAAGACUUCACAUCUUUCGGCCAUAAUGCAAAAUACCGGGAAAAUAUGGGCUUUUGAUUUAGAUAAAAAUAGAUUAAAAUUAUUGAAAACAUUAACCAAAAAGGCUGGAUGCAAAAAUAUAGAAGCUAUCCAUGAGUCAUUCUUGGAAGCAAAUCCUUUAGACCAAAAAUAUUCUAGGGUUGAAUAUAUAUUGAUUGAUCCUUCGUGUUCUGGAUCUGGUAUUUUGAAUCGAUUGGAUCAUCUGCUUGAUAAUUCGUCCGAAAAUGAUCAAGAAACAUCAGAAAACUCAUUAAAAGAACGUCUUGAAAAUCUCAGCGAAUUUCAAAAGAAGACUAUCUUGCAUGCAUUUAAAUUUCCCUCGGUUAAAAAAAUCGUAUAUUCAACGUGUUCAAUUCAUGCACAGGAGAAUGAACAUGUGGUUAAACAUGCAUUAGAACAAACAGACAAUUUUAUUUUGACCGAUGAAAAGGAUAUAAUGCCAGAAUGGCCAAAGCGUGGAAUUGCUAGUGAAAUUGGAAAUGACGAAGAAGCAGCAAAAAGAUUAAUUCGUUCGAGUCCGCAAGAAUAUACGAAUGGAUUUUUUGUCGCGUGUUUUAUUCGGAAAUCGAGUGAAAAAACAAAUAUCGACAAAAAUAAUAAAGCAAAGAAAUCUAGUAAAAAACGAAACAAAAAUAAGAUUGAUUAUAAUGAUAUUAGUAAUUCUCAAGAAAAUGAUAAGAAAAAUAAAUCUCCAACUACAUUACUGGAACGCUGCGACAAAAUUUCUUACCUUAUAAUGUCGUCGUCUCCUUCAACACCUUCCGACAGUAUUUCCCAGGAGAUCGAUUUCGAUAACAUCGAUUUCGAUAAAAUUAAUUUUGAACAAAUUGAUGUUAAUAAACUAGACUUGUCAGAUUCUAGUGUUAUUAUUUCUUUACUUAAACCCUCACCCAAACCCGCAUUAAGUAUUUUUCCAGUAGAAAUUUGGACUCAUAUAAUUUCACAUAUUGAUGAUAUUUCUGCGUUAAGCAGCUUGAAUUUAACGUGUGUUGCAUUGAAAGAGUUAUCAAUAGAUUCAUUAUUGUUGAAAUUAGUUGACAAACCACCUUUGAAUAAGCUUUUUGAAUUUUGCAAAGAAAUUGUUUGGAAAGAGAAAUUUAAUAAAGAAAAAAAUAAAAAUAAAUCUGAAUUAAUUGAUAAAAAUUAUGAUAAUAUCGUUGAUGUUGAUGGCGAUAAUAAUAAAUUUAGGAAUGAUAAAGGAAAAAAUAUUGAAAAAUUUGAUAUUAAAAAAGAUUUGAAGGAAAUUAUUUUUAAAAUGCAUAAAUAUAUCGAUAAAGUUAUUUUAAGCAUUGCUGGACCCGAAAAAUGGACUGAUAAUGUACUUGAAUGGGUUGGAUAUGAUGAACAUAAAGAGUUUACAACAAAUCAAGAAAUUUUUAGAAGAGAAGUUGGUAGAAUUGGUAAAGCGAAAACUAAAGUUUUUGCAAAAUGGGAAAAGGAUGUUGAAAAUGAAAAGAAAAUUAUGAAAAGAGAACUUGCUAAGGUUUGGGCAAUUUCUGGAAAGAUUCACACUGAAAAUAGAGAAUGGAAAAAGAGACGUCAAGAAAAGUCACUAAAUGCAUUAGGUGAUAAAACACUUUCAUCAUCACCACUCAAAGAGACAAAAGAGUCGAAAGAGUCGAAAGAAAAUAAUACUAUUAAUUCAUCAUCACGAUCUAAAGAAAAUAAUACUAUUACUUCAUCAUCACGAUCUAAAGAAAAUAAAUAUGGUCUACAAUCUCAAUUAAGAUCCAAACCUUUUUCAAGUAAUAAUCAUUAUGGUAACAGUUCAUCAUCUUCAUCUGUAUGUACAAAACCCAAAACAAAACGAACAGAAUUAAAAUCCAUUAGAUCUUCAUCAUCAUCGUCGUCUUCUUUAAAUGUUAACAACAACAAUAAAUCCAAUAGUUCAAAAGAAAGUUGGAAAUAUUCUCACGAACUUCGUAAUCAACCUCUCCAAAGACGUCUCAACACAGGGAAAGAAGAGGAAGAAUUUAAUCGAAAAAUUCUUACAUCAUUUGUUACUCCCGAAUAUUUUAGUAAUGGAGAAACAUAUGAAGGAUUUAAAAAUGAAGAUUUAACUGGAUAUAUGAUUAAAAUCUUGAAAAGAUUUUGUGGAAGUGAUAAAAAAGUACUUAAAUUUCCUCGAGAAUUGACAGGAUAUCAAAGAAAGCGAUUACAUCGACAAGCUGAAAUAUUAGGAUUGAAAAGUAUAAGUUUUGGGGAAGGUGUUGGAAGGUUUUUAGUGGUUAUGAGACAAGAAGUUGUAAUUUUUAAGUAA